GCUCUCCCAGCAUCCUUUGCUUUCCGGCUAUGCUCAGUCCUGUCCGGCCAGUCCCGCCUUGCGCGCCCAUUUCGAGCCCGAGUUUCAAGCUCGACUUUGCAGGCUCGAGAACCCGGAACAGAUUUUCCAGGACUGGGUUCUUGGGCAGUGGUUAUGGGGGCAGGAAUGGCGCAGCUCGAGGGUUACUACUUCUCGGCUGCCCUGAGCUGUACCUUUUUAGUGUCCUGUCUCCUCUUCUCCGCCUUCAGCCGGGCGCUGCGAGAGCCCUACAUGGACGAGAUCUUCCACCUGCCGCAGGCGCAGCGCUACUGUGAGGGCCAUUUCUCCCUCUCGCAGUGGGAUCCCAUGAUUACUACAUUACCUGGCUUAUACCUGCUGUCAGUUGGAGUGGUCAAACCUGCCAGUUGGAUCUUUGGAUGGUCUGAACAUGUUGUGUGCUCCAUUGGAAUGCUCAGAUUUGUUAAUCUUCUCUUCAGUGUAGGCAACUUUUAUUUACUAUAUUUGCUUUUCCGCAAGGUACAACCCAGACACAAGGCUGCCUCAAGUAUCCAGAGAAUCUUGUCAACAUUAACAUUAGCAGUAUUUCCCACACUCUAUUUUUUUAACUUCCUUUAUUAUACAGAAGCAGGAUCCAUGUUUUUUACUCUUUUUGCCUACUUGAUGUGUCUUUAUGGAAAUCAUAAAACUUCAGCUUUGCUUGGAUUUUGUGGCUUCAUGUUUCGUCAAACUAAUAUCAUCUGGGCUGUCUUCUGCGCAGGAAAUGUCAUUGCACAAAAAUUAACAGAAGCUUGGAAAACUGAGCUACAAAAGAAGAAGGAAGAGAGACUUCCCCCUAUUAAAGGACCAUUUUCAGAAUUCAGGAAAAUUCUUCAGUUUCUUUUGGCUUAUUCCAUGUCCUUUAAGAACUUGAGUGUGCUUUUCCUUUUGACUUGGCCGUACAUCCUUCUGGUGUUUCUGUUUUGUGUUUUUGUAGUUGUUAAUGGUGGAAUUGUUAUUGGCGAUCGAAGUAGUCAUGAAGCCUGUCUACAUUUUCCUCAACUCUUCUACUUUUUCUCUUUUACUCUCUUUUUUUCCUUUCCUCACCUAUUGUCUCCUGGCAAAAUUAGAGCUUUUCUUUCCUUAGUUUGGAAACGUAGAAUUCAGUUUUUUAUGAUCACCUUAGUCUCUCUGUUUUUAGUUUGGAAAUUCACUUAUGCUCAUAAAUACUUGCUAGCAGAUAAUAGACAUUAUACAUUCUAUGUAUGGAAAAGAGUUUUUCAAAGAUAUGAAAUUAUGAAAUACUUGUUAGUUCCAGUAUAUAUAUUUGCUGGUUGGAGUAUAGCUGACUCCUUGAAAUCUAAGUCAAUUUUCUGGAAUUUAAUGUUUUUCAUAUGCUUGUUUACUGUUACAGUACCUCAGAAACUGCUAGAAUUUCGUUAUUUCAUUUUACCUUAUGUUAUUUAUAGGCUUAACAUACCUCUACCACCUAUAUCUAGACUUGUUUGUGAACUAGGAUGCUAUGCAGUUGUUAAUUUCCUAACUUUUUAUGUCUUCCUGAACAAGACUUUUCAGUGGCCAGAUAGUCAGGACAUUCAGAGAUUUAUGUGGUAAUGUCAGAGAUAUCUUGAGUUCUAAAAAUAGACUUAUAUAGACUAUCUCCACAAUGAACAAUUGAAGAGGUAAAAAUUACGGACUUUGUUUUAGGCACAGUGGUGAUCCACAGAUCACAUCAGAUUUUUUGUGUUUUAAACAUACAUAAUAAAUCCAAGGAACUGAUAAAGAACUGAGAAAAGUUUAAGACUUGCUCCAUAAGCCUGAAUAGUGGAAAAUGAAAUUGUUUACAGUUAUUUCAUGAUAUCUUUUUGAUACUGCUGACCACUCAAAAAGCUUGAAAACAUUUUACAGGUAGAAGUUUAAGAAAACUGAGCUUUGUAGUACUGAAACUUUUAUUUAUGAAUUCUCUUCAGAAAGCAAUAGCAGACAAGUAUUUGAAACAUGUUGACAAAUGAUCAGGUAAUGUUCUUGAUUAAAAUAUUUCAGUGAUUAUAAUUUGAAUCAUAAGGCAAAAUAGACUCAGAUAGUAAAUGUUAUAAAUUAGAGGCUUAUCUAUGUUUAUCUUGGAAUUAAGUUGUUAAUUUUUGUUAAAAAUCUAGAAAUGAUCAAGCCCUUUCACUAAUUCUUUUUUUUUAAAAAAUAUAUUUAUUUAUUUAAGUAAUCUUCAUACCUGAUGUGGGGCUCAAACUCACGACCCCAAGAUCAAGUCACAUGCUCUACUGACUAAGCCAGCCAGGUGUCCCCCUUUCACUGAUUAUUAAUAUGAAAUAUAUGAUGGCCAAAGAUAAAUUGUGUUGAUGAUAAUACCUUUUAAAAGGGAUUUUCGUUCAGAGAUACAUUAGUGUAUUCAUUUCUUCUGGUUGCUGUAACAGAUAACCACAAACUUGGUAGCUAUAAAAAUAUCUAAUUUCUAAAAUUAAGGUGUGGCCAGGUUGAUUUUUUCUAGAGGCUCUGGAAGAGAAUCUGUUCCAUGCUUCUAGCUUUUGGUGACUGUCUGCAGUCUUUGAUUUACAGCUGUGUCACUCCAAUCUCUGCCUCUGUCUUCACAUGGUCCUCUCUCUCUUAUAAGGACAAUGUCAUUGGGUUAGGGUUUACCUUAAUCCAGGAUGGUCUUAUGCCAAGACCUUUACUUAAAUCUACAAUGACCCUUUUUCAAAAGUAAGGGCACAUUUACAGGUUCCGUGUAGACAUCUUUUUGUGGGAUACUUUUCACCCACUGAAGUUACCAAAGGAUAUUUUAGGAUAAACCUCAUAAAAUUUGUAGGAAAUAAUUUCUUUCUUUGCUGAGAUAUUUUAAAUAAAAUUACGUCUUCACUAAGAGCUGAUUCCAAGGUUACAGAAUUACAAAAGUAAGGGUAAUUUGGUAUUUGAUUCCAUUAUCCAAAAUAGAAGUGAAAGGAAGUUUAGAGAUCCAUUCAUUGAGCUAGUCUUAUUUUGUAGAUUAGGAAGCAACUGUUCAGAUAGGAAUUUUAUAUGAGUCUUUAAAUUCUGUGUCUACUGUUUCAUGUGAAUUCACUUGGUUGUCAUUCCUUUACAGAAAAGUAGUACUUGGACAUGUUUACUUUGACAUGCAAACUUAGAACUGUGAACAGAAUUUAUCUUUUAAUAUCAUUUUACAUUUGUAAACUUUUAAAUAACUGUGAACAAAUUACUUUAUCUUCAAUGUUAGAUUAUGGUUUCUCUGGGUUUUAAACAAUGGGUGGAUUUGGAAAAGAUUCUGCAUUUGCAAAUAUAAAAUUGUGUAGGUGAAAAUUACAGGUAUAAUCUUUAGUAAUAAGUAUAGGGCAGUCUUGUAUUCUGUUCAGUACUUAGAAAGUAUAUUGAUUUUCUAGUUGUAACAGUGAUUGUUGAGAGAUGUUUUUAACAACUCAUUUUUUUUUGAUAAUUAGAUAAGAAAACACGAAUUAUUAUCUUAUAAUGGAGAUCUGAGUUCCAGGAAGUCAAAAUAAACAACUUUCUUAUCUGAUACUAUUAACGCAAGGCUUUUGUGACUCGGAAUAUUGUUGAGAUGAAAAAACUUCCCCUCUAACCCAGUCUGGCAACAUGAGGAAACCAUUCUACUCCAUAUUGGGGGAAUCACUGUUCCAGUUCAUUUGUAAGUGUUGAAUUCCUGCUAUUUUAAGAGAUUUUUUUGGAGGAAAUCCACACUCAGAGGGAAACAGGGUAAUCUUCCAUGUUUUCCAUACAGUAUAUAAAAUACAGUACUUAAUACUUUAGAAAAGAAUACUGUGAAUUAAAAGGUGCUAUGGAGCAUAGCUUUUAGAAACAUCGUAGGUUGCAUUUGUGUUUUGAAGAUUUUUCAAGAAUUAUUGGAUAUGUAUUUUGACAUUUUUUGAAAAUUGAAUUUCUUGAUUAAAAGGUAAUUAUUGAAAAAAAAAGUAUUGAUAAGCUGGAUAGCCUGUGGAGCCUUGUGAUUAUUGUUAAAGUCUUUAAGUAGGAUUAUUUUAAAGAAUGUCCUAAAAAGAUUUAGUGCAUAAAUUUUCUAAGCCUUAUAAUAAAUCUUUUUGAACUGUUUUUAGCUUACAUGAAAUUCCAUAGAUACAGAGUAUUCCCUUUACAUGGUGUUAGUAAGCAGUGUGCUCUAUGUUUCCUCACACACUAUUUGUGUUUUCUUUUGUUAGAUAUCUGGAAAUCUUUUUAAUGUGUCCAACUAUGUUUUUAAAUUAUUUGGAAGUACAGUGUUCCUGAGUUUAAAUAUAGAAUGUCAUUUUGUCAUAAGACAAAUUAUGUUAGCUGUCUGGCCUCUUCCUCUUCUUAAAGUUAUUUCUGGAAUGUGCUUAGUCUGUCAUGAAGUACAUUAAUGUAAGUAGCUUAAUGCAGUUUAUUUCUAAUAGAUAAAUAGCUUAAUGUAGUGUACUUCUUGUUUGAAUUUAACUGUCACUGUUCUUGAUAUUUUUUUUCUUCAUAAUCAUAUGAAGAUAGGAGAGGAGAAGAAAAGAGAUCCUUAUUUUUAUUAUACUACCUAAAUAGUGGACAGUUAUUUUAGAUAAACAUUUAAGUGAAAUGUGGAAAUAGAAAAAUGAAUUCGCAUUGAUCAGGUUAGAGAGCAUUUAUUAUCUUUGAGGCAAUUAGAAUUUCCUUUAGUGAAACAAGAAAAAUAUCUGGCAAGUAAUAUGAGAAAGCUUUUUCAAAUGGAAAUUUAAAUAUGACAUAGAAACCAUGGGCUUGUAGAAAAAGCAUUUAACAUGAAAGUUAGGAUUUCUGUAUUUGUGACUUUGGAUUCAAUAAAGCAAGUGGUUUUAAGCAUUUGACCUCAUUUCAAGUGGAAACAGCAUUUGUCCUAACUCUAGUUAUUCUAGCCUGUCAUGUGUCUAGCCUAAUUUCAAACUAAUUCAACCUCCACCGUAUAUCCAUAAAGUUCAUAAAUGUAUAGUAAAUGUGAAGUGUAUACUGAAUGAAGUUUUUAGUAUAGAAUGAAGUGAAUGUCCUAGAAAAGAUAUACUAUAUAACCAUAAGCCAACCUUAGGAAAUAAAUCACAUGCUUCAUAAUGAAAACCGUCCUAAACUUUUUUCUGCCUAAAUUUUCUGCCUUAUUUAAAAUUUUUUUUAUUUACUAUACUGUUUAAUACUUAUAUUAUGUAUCUAUUUGUAAAUAUGUUAUGUUAUAAUAGGAUGUGGUUUCAAAAUUAUUGCUGUUUUAUUUAAAAUAAGUAACUCUCAACCAUUAAAAUAUAAUAGCAGUAAAACUUCUGAUGCUUAUUAAACUCUUAAGGGAAAAGAGAUUUCAACCAAUUACGAAUAAUUUGUGUUAUUUUAGUUAGGCUGCAUUUUACUACUUUAGGAAUAAAUGUUAUUUUUUAUUUAGGGCACUUUUUUAUGAUUUAAAUGUUGACAAUUAGACAAAUAUUUGCAAUAUAUUAAAACUUGUAUUAUAAGAAAGAAAGAAGAAAGAAAAUUAUAAUAAAAGUAGAUAGAUGAUAUAUUUUUUAACACAUAUCCAUGAACCCAAUACUAAAUUCUUUAACAUUUAAAAAUUAUUUCUAGAGUAAGAAAUGUUGCCACAGUGAGAAAUCUAAUAAUACUGUUACAUUUUGCUUAUAAAAAAUGGGCAUUUGAUGAAUUUAAUGUUAAUUUGAGCCCAGUACAUCACCAUCAGGCAAAAAGAAAUAUGAUAUUUUCCUGAGGAGAUAAAUAUUAAGCAUUAUAUUGAUUUUUUGCACACUGACUGAAACUUUUCUGAUGAUUCAGUUCAGCUGAACUGUGUUGGGGGUGGGAAGGCACGUACAAAAUAAGAGAGGGAGGAAAAGUAAUGGUAACUAACAAUUGCUGUCAUUUAUUGAGCACCUACAGUGUUCAGGACAUUACGUGGACUGAUUUAUAAAUAUCGUCUCAUUUGAUCCUCAUAUUUGUAUGGGGCAGAUACUGAUUUCUCUUUAACCGCUGGAGAAGCUAAAAUCAUGCAGACCAGGCAAGUCGCCCAAAGUCCGCAUUGUCACUGAAGAACAUUAAUUGGCCUUACUCCCCAACCUGUGAGUUUUUAAUUGAUACUCUGCCUCACUGUGAAAGUUUUUCAUUAAGAGAAGUAAAAUAUGGAGAGCUGGUCAUCUGUCUUUACUGUGCAUUAACCAGAACAUUCAUGGCAUAUUAUUGUUUGUGUUGGAUUUUGUAUUGUAAUAGUCAUUUUUUAAAAUGCUAGCAGCUGUUUAAAAGAGCAUGAACAGAUAGUUAUGUUGUAAGAGAAAUGGCUAAAAGAUUAGAGACAAUGUUUAACUUGGAGAAUUAGAGAUCCUACAACUUGAUAGGCUUUCAUAAUUGAAGAAUAAUUAUUUGGAAGAAGGAUUGGACUAGUCUUCAUUCCCUGAAGUGUAUAUCAAGGGCCAACAGAUUUCAACUGAUAAAAAAAAUGUACAUUUUCUGUUUAGUCUCCGUGGGGAAUGGAUCCAGAAAAAAGUAAGUUUCCCCUCUCAUUGGAGGCAAGAUUUCUAUUUAUCAGGAAUGCUUCAGAAGUGAUUGAGAUAGUAAGUAGAGUAAAAUGUUUUUAAGAUGCUUCAUAACCCGGUGAUUUGAAAUUCAUGUUUGUUACAACUGACCUUUUUUUCAUGAACUGAUAAGUCGUGGUGAAGUAUUUCUGGUGACUUGCAUGCUGUCUCUAAUAUAUUUUAAAUUUCUGAACAAAAAUUGUACUUCUAAUUCUGUUACCUUGUCUUAGAAAUAAAUUUGAGAUACACAAUUUAGUAGAGGUAUUUUUAUCUGUAAUGUUUAAGAGUACUGCUAAUAUAGUAUUAAAUUUGUUUUCUAUUUUUUUAAAUCCCCUUUACAUUCGUGAAGAGAAUGUGCUUCUAUUUGAAAAGGAUGUUCCUCUUAAUGAUAAAUAGGGCAAGCACUAUCUAUAAAAUGUUUUUAAAUGCAGUAUCCACUAGGUGGUGAUAUUGUACUACAUUUCUGAGUGUUCUAGUAAUUAAACUUUCUUAAUAGUCUGAA